AUGACCGUCACUAUCGACACUAUCGACACUAUCGACACUAUCGACACUAUCGACACUAUCGACACUAUCGACACUAUCGACACUAUCGACACUAUCGACACUAUCAACACUAUCGAGCAGAGCGAGAUAGUGGAGCACCCUAGCUGCCACCGACUAUCGACAUUAUCGAGCAGAGCAUAUAAACUUCCAAGUAUGGCCUAUUCAAAUGGGUUGGCAGUUGGGUUAGCAGUUGGAGUACCUUCGUUUUUAGUAUUGCUAGUAGUUUUCACAUUUUGGUACAGGAAUCAAAAGAAGCUACGGAAGGAAGAUUUUGAACGGGAAGAUUUCGAUAAGUCGUUUGGUGGUAAUAUUGAAGUAUGCGAUGAACAGAGUUUCCAAAGUGUCCAGGAAGAUUUGCUGCAGUAUAACCCACAACAACGAUAUGGGAGGUAUCCUACAUGUAGAAAUGAAUCUAUAGAAUGUUACAAAUUGGAAAUGGAAAUGGAAAAGGAAAAGGAAAAGGAAAAGGAGAAGGAGAAGGAAGAACAUGUGAGUCUGGAGAGUUUAGGCACAUCAUCGGAGGAGAAUAAUUCACUGACUAGGUUCAAGAACUUUUCUACUGCUAGUAUUACUAAAGAUUUAAAGUGA